UCUGACUAUGAUUCCGCGUGUACUUCGUAAGUUGUAAAAUUUAGUUGGAAGUAAGUGAUCAUUAUGGCCCGUUUUUUUCGCAAACAAAGUAAGCGCAUGUCCUGUCGUAAAAAAUACAAAAUAAUAAGGAAGGUUGCCGAGCAUAAAAGAAAGCUUCGACGCGAAGCAAAGAAAAACCCGGUGAAGAGGAAACCGAAAGAUCCUGGUGUUCCUAACAGCGUACCGUUUAAAGAUGAUAUACUGCGAGAAGCAGAAGAGAGAAAGCAAAGAGCUAAAGAUUUACGUGAAGCGCAAAGAGAAAGUAGAUUGAAAAUGCAAAUGGAAAAUAGAGGUGUGGAAGAUUUAGUGAGUAAGGCUGUCAAGAAAGAUAAGAAGUAUGAAGGUGAUUUACCAAUUGAUAAUUCCGAAGAAGAGUUAUUACAUAGUUCAAGUACUAAUUUCAAAUCUUAUUACAAGGAAUUUAAAAAAGUUGUUGAAGCUGCAGACGUUAUUCUAGAGGUAUUAGAUGCUAGAGAUCCUUUGGGAAGUAGGUGUCCUCAAGUUGAACAGUGUGUUAUCAAUUCUGGUAAGAAAUUGGUUUUGGUACUAAAUAAAAUAGAUUUGAUACCGAGAAAUAAUUUAGACUCGUGGUUAAAAUUUCUUCGUCAAGAGCUGCCCACAGUUCCAUUUAAGGCAUCCACACAAUCCCAGAAUACUAAUCUCUCGCAAUCCAAAGUUGCUGCUUUCCACAUAACUAAAAGUUUGCAAACAUCAAGUCGCUGUGUGGGCGCUUCAUAUCUCAUGAAAGUACUUGGAAAUUAUUGCCGAAAUCAAAAUAUUCAAACCUUUAUUAAAAUAGGUGUUGUUGGUUUUCCAAAUGUGGGUAAAAGCAGCAUCAUAAAUAGUUUAAAACGGACUCGUUCGUGCCGAGUUGGAAGUGUGCCAGGUGUGACUAAGUCAGUUCAAGAAGUGUCAUUAGAUAAACACAUUAAGAUUCUGGACAGCCCUGGAAUUGUAUUUGCUAAGGAUGGAUCGCCAGCAACUCUGGCUUUGCGAAAUGCUGUUAGAGUAGAAACAUUGAAAGAUGUUAUCACUCCUGCAGAAGCUAUUAUCCAACGAGCUGAUCGCACUCAACUUUGUAUGCAUUAUACUAUCCCAGAAUUUUCAUCAACUCAUGAGUUGCUUGGUUUAUUGGCCAAGAGAAUAGGUAAAUUUAAAAAAGGUGGUAUCCCAAAUUUUGAAGAUGGUGCUAGAAGAUUAAUUAAUGAUUGGAAUAGUGGAAAAAUUAAAUAUUAUACCCAUCCACCUGAAGAAUACAAACCAUCGAUUCAUAUUAGUGCAGAAUAUGUUUCAGAAAUGGGAAAAGCAUUUGAUUUAUCAUCUUUAGACGAGCAGAUGGAGUUGGAUAAAGCUCCUGAAACACUGCCAAGCAAAGCUGUUGCUGCUAAGAGUGCUGAACCAACAGAAGGUAUGCUAUCUGGUGAAGAGGAAGAAGCCAUGGAUGCUGAUGAUGAUUUUGCGACAAGGAAGGAGAAAAUGAUUGUGGCUUUUAAUGAGAGAAAGAGACGGGAGAAAGGUGAGACUGACCAUGAAACGAAAACUUUCCUGAGAACACAACAAAUAAAUAAAAUUUUGAAAAAGAAAUUGAAGAAUAUGAGACGUAGACGUAAGAAAACUGAAAAGGCUGCCGUUGCUCUUUCUGAAUCAAUGGAUAGUGCUUUAAGUAUUGCAUAAAUUUAAUAAAUGAAAGAUAUUUAAAGUUU